GACUCUGUACCCGAAACAACCACCAGUAUGAAGGUUAUGCUCCUGGUCCUCCUUGGCCUUGCCGCCCUCGCCGCCGCCCGCCCCGAUGAGAUCCUUGACUUCGAGGGCGACGACGCCGAGCACGACCAGGAGGGCGAGCCGGGCAAGGCCGUCACCGGAGAGUACAAGUGGGAGAGCCCCGAGGGCAUCGAGUUCGUGGUCAAGUACAUCGCCGACGACAAGGGCUUCCGCGUGCUGGAGUCCAACGCCGUGCCCUCCGCCGGCGGCGUCCGCGCUGACGGCGAGCAGGCCGACCUCGAGGGCGACGAGGACUACUCGGAGGAGGAGGAGGACGACAAGUAGAAUGGGAGAUAAUGAGCGACGGGAGAUAAUUGCAACGUGAACAGAGGUGCAAUUGGCAUCAGUGUGACGACCUGUAUCAUAUCAAAUCUUAUGGAUUCGUAAUUUAUAUGUUGUACAUAUGUCUUGGCAUGUCUUGUAAAUAUACUUUCUCUGCUAACUGGA